AUGGAGAAGUACGAGGCUUCGCCGCAUGGACUGAUACAAACCGUUCGCGAUGGCCUUCCUCAAUUGACUUGGUCCACAUUUUUUGCUGUUCUGGUCUUUUCAUGCAUCGCAACCCGGAUUAUCACAGGGCUUCAAUGCAGGCAUCAUGAACAUGAUCCAACGGAGCCGCGUACUGCCAGGCUGGCGCCUUAUUGGGCUCCUUGGAUUGGACACAGUCUGUCCUUUGUAUGGGACCAUGUCAAAUUACUCUCUGGGUUUCGGGAUUCCAUGAAUGAGCCUGUAUUUGGCAUUUAUCUACGCGGUGUCAAGCACGAUGUCGUGGUGUCACCCUCGAUGAUGAAGACAGUCUUGUCUUCACAGGAUGCAUCCAGUACUGCUACCCUUGAUCAGGCACUGCAGAACGUCUUUGGCAAUCGCGGUCUCGUGCGCAAUUUGAAUCUGAACAGGGAGAUUCGUGAUGAUGUCUCCAGUAUGAUCGACCGAGAACCAUUUGCCAGUGCAGCUACCACAAAUAUUUCCCGUUUGGUGAAGCGCCAUGUCCCCGAUUUGGUCACCUUCUCCCACAGUGUGGUUGACCAAAUGCCCUGGGAGCGCGCAAGCCAAGUAACGCUCCUCGACAAUCAGGAUCAGUCUGUCUGUAAGGUCAAGCUGUUUUUGCUUAUCAAAAACUUUGUAGGCCACAUAACCACUUCCAUCCUAAUGGGCGAAGCCUUUGUGGAGGCCUUUCCAGGUCUGUUGGAAAACCUUUGGACACUCGACAACAACUUCGUGACACUAUUCGUGGGCACUCCCCGCUGGAUUCCAUCACCUGGUGUUUCCGCGGGUUAUGCAGCGCGGGAUCGUCUUAUUCAUAUAAUGUCGAUCUUUUCCCGGGCGUUCACUGCGUGGGAUGAUGGAGUCGACCCAGGGAUUGAACUUCGCGACCUGGACGAUGUGUCUGAAUUGGUCAAAGAACGAAUGCGAACUUUUCGAAAGCUGGAGCUGUCUCCCGGGGCUAGCGGUGCAGCACUCUUGUCCCUGUACUGGGACACGAUAGAGCACACAACGAAGAUCAUUUUCUGGACCGUUCUCCAUAUCUUCUCGGACCCUGCGCUCCUCAAGGAUAUCCGCACAGAGAUAUCUCUGCACACGAGGGCAUCACGGCCCAGUCGCGGGGAAACUGGAUUUCCGAUUGAUUCACCUCCUCAACUCACUCUCGACCUCGAAAAAGUCCUCGAAACAUGCCCGAUGUUGAAAUCAUGCUAUUACGAGUCUGUGCGUUUGCACUCAGCGGGCAUUUCCUUCAGGAAACUAGAAUCAGAUUUGACCCUGUCCGAAUCCACCGAAGAAGCCUCCCACCACUCGAGUAAUCCUCGCACGUACCUCCUCCGGAAGGGCGAGAGGGCAAUGGUGCCACAUGGUGUCUACCACAACGACUCUCGGCAUUUUUCAAACCCGGACCAGUAUGACCCCCUCCGGUUUAUCGUGACGGACCCCGAUUCUGGAGCAAAACGAGUAAAUAAGAGCGUCCUUGCGCCAUUUGCGGAUGGACUAUACGGGUCUAAAGGAAACAGCUUCAAUGAGAAGGAAAUACUGGCUGUUACUGCGGCGAUUGUGUCGAUGUGGGAGAUUGAAUCCGCCGACGGGAAUGGCCUCGCCAUCCCGGGCCAUAAACCCACUUGGGGGGCUUUUCGACCUGCAAAGGAUGUGAAGGUGAAAUUGAAGCUGCGGGUAUGA